AUAAAUUUCCUAUCGUAUCUUGGUACCGUGUCGCAAAUUUGUCUCGUUACAAAAAUUCGACAUUGAGAAUUACACCAUCGAGCAAAUAUUAUUACUAAUAUUAAUAACUGCAUUUGUCUUUUAUUUAUUUAUUUUUUCUUUUUCCGGGGGGGCGAAGCACCCCCCCGACCCCCCAGCGGGGGCUUCGCCAUCUGCACCCCCACCCGGGGACUUUGCCUUCAGGACCACCAGGGGGUGGACACUAAAGUUCCUCAAACCAAAGACAUCGCCUAGAUGGCGCCAAAAGUUAUUACUACUACAUAAAUAAUUGCAAUGUAUGUGAGCACAACCGCGUGUAUAUACAACUGUACGGCUGUAAUUAAAUUUAAAUAUAUACAGUGAUAGAUAAGAUAGAGAGAGAGAGAGAUAGAGAGAGAAUUUUUUGGUACAUUUUGGAAUUUGCAUUUUAUGAGUUUUAUUAAACUUUGGUAUUUAAACUUCUAAAAAAAUAUUGCAAAUAAGAUUAAUUAUGUAUCUAAAUACUAAAAGUAAUACAUUAAAUAUUAUAAAUAUUAAAUAACAUUUUCAAAGUAAAUUAUAUUAUAAAUAUGAAUUGUAAUAAUAAACCAAUUUAAUAGGUUAGAUGAGAGUAGCUGUUCUUAUCUUUAAUAUUGCAAUUCAUAUUUUAAUAAUUUAUUUAAAAAAACGUUAAAGUUAAAAUAGAUGUAACGUCAGAAAACAUAAAUAAAAUAAUUAUUAUUUCAGCUUUAUCAUGGUACGUGCAUGUUGUGUACCUGGUUGUACAUCAGGUGUACAAGUUCCAAGCCAUAAGUUUCCCAGAUCACCAUCAAAAUUUAAAUUAUGGCUCAAAGCCCUACAUUUGUCUGAAAAUAUUAUUUUAGAAAAAGACAAAUUUCGCAUUUGUCAUAAGCAUUUUGCAGAAAAUGCAUAUAUAUUUACAUUAAAUAGAAAACGACUAAAACAUGAUGCAGUUCCUACUUUAAAUUUACUAAUGUCUGAAAUGUCAGAAACAACGCAAAUAGAAAUAAAUUUACAACCUUCAACCUCAAAUUGUAAUUUAGAAUUUGUUCCAGACAUAAUAGCAUUACAAUUUGAAACACAAAUGCAAGAUAUGAAAGUACAAAAAAAUAUGGAAACACAACAGAUAGAUAAGGAAAAACAAGACAUAAAUAUGGAAGUUCAAGAGAUAGAUAAGGAAGCACAAGAGAUUGUGAAGGAAACGUCAGAGAUAGAUAUGGAAGUGCAAGAAAUAGAUAAACAAGCACAAGAAAUAGUGAAGGAAGUGCCAGAGAUAGAUAUGGAAGCACAAAAGAUAGAUAAAGAAGUACGAAAAAUAGAAAUUCUGGAGAUAGAUAUGGAAGCGCGAGAAAGAAAUGAGAAAGCACAAGAAAUAGAUAAGAAAGCACAUUAUAUUCGUGAAAUAACCGUAAGAAAACAAUUUAUCUAUUAUAAUCUAUUAUAACUUUUAUUGUUGUGUCAGAUUUUAAUUAAUUAUAUUUUAUAAGAAAAAAACUUUAAUCAAUCUUUUUUAGGACAAAAGAUAUAUUCUAAGAAGAAUAUUAUUAAAGGAUAAUAAAAGAUAUGCGAUCAAUCUUUCACCAAGAGCGACAAAAGUAUAUACAGUUGCAAAAUAUCUUCUGGAAAAAAAGAUAUAUUCUAGCAAACAAAAUACUAAUACGAAGCAGCAUUUAAGGAAGUUCAAACGUUUACUUGAUCCACAUUUUGUACAACAAUAUAAUAAGGGAUUAUCAAAGACACAACAAACAUUUAUUGAAAUGCAGUUGCGAACUGCAAUACAGCCAUCUCAUGUAAGUGACAGUUUUUUACGUAGACAUAAAUUAAUCAGUUCUGAUAGAUUGCUGGAACAAAUAAGGGGAAAUGGGAAUGAGAAAAGGAAAUACAGACAACAAAACAUGACUACAAAGUUAACAAAUCAACAUCUGACAAUACAAUCUCAGCAAUUAAAUCCAAACUAUUGCAAUGAAUCAAUGGUAAUAUUUUCUGUUUUAAUUUUUUUUGUUAUUGCUUUGUUAUAACGCUUAUUUAGGAAUCCAUCCAAAAUCCACAAAAAUUAUACUUUAUGAGAUUUUGAAAUACAAAAUUGUAAACUUCUUGUAUUUCUAUUAUUCUAUUUCAAUUUUUGUAUUUCUAUUAAACUUAUUAUAUAAUUAAAGAAGAGGUAUGGAUUGAUGAUUAUAUUGUAUAUUAUUAUUUAUGUAGUAUUAUGUAAUAAUUCUAUUUCUGUUUUUGUGAUAUAUGAAAAAAAUUGUGAUAUAUUUAUAAAAUAAUUGUAAAUAACUUUGUAGGCUAAACGAUAUACUAUUGAUGAAAAAGUAUUUGCAUUAUCUAUUUUUAAACAAUCAAAUAAAUGUUACAAAUUAUUAAGCCAAUUGUGUAAUAUGCCAAGUUCAAAAACGUUGAAGCGUAUGUUACAAAAAGUUUUUUUAAAACCUGGUAUAUGCAAAAUUAUUAUGAAACAUUUGCAUAAAAAAGUUAAUGUAAUGCAAUCGAAGGAAAAAUACUGUAUAUUACUAUGGAAUGAAAUGGCACUCACACCACAUAUACAAUAUGACAUAACAAAUGAUGUUAUUAUUGGAUUUGAAGAUUGGGGUUUUCAAAGAACUAAUAAAUUUGCUGAUCAUGUCCUAGUAUUUAUGCUGCGAGGAAUUAAUAGUGGAUGGAAGAUACCUAUAUCAUAUGGAUUUUGUGAAAGCCAGACGAAAACCCCUCAAUUAGUUCGCUAUAUUAAAAAUAUUGUGAAAUCAAUACAUAAAACUAGGUUAAAACUUGUCGCUACUGUUUGUGAUUAGGGCUCUUCGAACGUUGCAGCUCUUAAUACUUUAUUGCAAGAUACUGCAAGACAUAUGUAACAGCAAGGCAAAGAGCAUCGUACAUAUUCUUUUCUUAACUUAAAGUUACAGCAUGUGUUAUAAAUAUAAUAUAAUACAAAUAAAUAAUAUAAACAUAAUGUAAAUAUAAUAAAAACGUUUUUACAGGGAACUUAAUUCAAUUAGAUGGUUUAAAUCUUAUUACAUUUUUUGAUCCGCCUCAUCUUAUAAAAGGAGUAAGAAAUAAUUUAUUAAAUAAAGAUUUGGAAAUAAAUGUAUCAAAAAAUACCGAUAAGAGAGAAUUUGUUUCAUGGGAUACAAUAGAAUUAGCUUCUAAAAUAGAUACUCAUAUAAACAUCUUAAGUCGGAUGUUACCGAAGAUAACAGAGGAACAUGUAAUAAGAUCCAAAA